GGAGGAGGCGGCGCUGUGCAAAGGCCGGGCUUGGCUGGCUGCUGCAAGCGGGCGAGAAGAGAAGGUGGGAGGAGUAAGAGGAGGAUUCCUACGGAGGAAGCAGAAAGCGUCGGCAAUUUCUCGUUCGCUGCUUUCCUUGCCUCUGUGCCCAGCCCAGGGAAAGAGCUUCGGGAGAGCGCUGCCGCCGCCGCCUGCUCUAUGCGCGCCGGUUGUUUUCCUACGCCGCGUUGACCUUCAGCCACGGGAUCGCUCCCCAACGCAUCCACGCCGCCACCUCCGUCUCCGCCAGCCGCCGUGGCUUGGCGUCGGCUGGGGAAGAGAAAGAGCGAGCGAGCGAAAGGCGCGACUGGAGAAGAAGAUCCCUGUUGGGUUUGUUCCCCGCACCCCUCUUCCAAAAGCGCCCUGGAGGAUUUUGGAAAGGGCCUCGUCGGGAUCUUCUGCACCAGCAGCAGCACCACCACCACCAUCCUCUUCUUUCCUCCCUCCUCUCCUUCUUCCCCCCCGGGGGUCCUUUCUCGUCGCACUGGCCAAGGAGCCUCGGCUUGCAAGAAGACAGAGGUGCCCGCGGAGCCAUCGGCCGCCUUUUGCUGCUGCUGGGACUUUAUUUAUUUAUAUCUAGGGCUCUCCUCUCUCCUUCUCUCUCGCUCUCCUUUGGGAAGGAGCCUGGGAAAAGGGGAGGUGGAGGAGGUGGAGUAGGGAAGCCUCUCUUUCCCUCCCUCCAUUCAUUUGGAUUCCGCAUUUUGUGACUCUCCGACUCGCCAGCAAAAGAAAGGGGUGGUGAUGUUGGGAGAUCCCUUUAAGGCCGCCUCCGAUUCCUUGCAAAAAUAAUAAAUUAAACAAGGGGGAGAAAAAAGGAAGAUUAAGGCUGUUUCCCGCCCCCCCCCCAGCUCUGGUUUUCCGUCCCCUGAAAUUUUGGAAGAGGAGAAAAAGAGACCUGUGUUGUUGCACUGAAGAUUGAGCUGGGAGAACACAAAAAAGGCAAUUUUGUUCCACAUUAAGAAUCGCAAAACAGAGGAAUGAAGUCUGGAGCUGGAGGAGGGUCCCUGACCUUAUUGUGGGGGCUUCUGAUGGUCGUGACUGCGCUCUGCUUUUGGCCAGCAAAUGGAAAAAUUUGUGGGCCAAAUGUCGACAUUCGCAACAGUAUGGAGGAGCUGAAGCAAUUGGAGGACUGCACGGUGAUUGAAGGGUUUCUCCGGAUUUUGUUGUUCCAGGCUGAGGAUUUUAGCAGCUAUCGCUUCCCGAAACUCACGAUGAUCACAGACUAUUUGCUGCUGUUCCGUGUGGCAGGCUUGGAGACGCUUAGCGAUCUCUUCCCCAACCUUACAGUGAUCCGUGGCAAGAACCUUUUCUACAACUAUGCCUUGGUCAUCUUUGAGAUGACAAACCUCAAAGAAAUCGGGCUGUACAACCUGCGGAACAUCACCCGGGGAGCCAUCCGGAUUGAGAAGAAUUCCGACCUGUGUUACCUCUCCACUGUGGACUGGUCCCUGAUCUUGGAUGCUGUUUCAAAUAACUACAUUGUAGGGAAUAAACCACCGAAGGAAUGCGGGGACCUGUGUCCAGGAACGGCAGAGGAAAAGCCAUUGUGUAAGAAGACCUCCGUUAACAAUGAAUACAGCUACCGUUGCUGGACUGCCAACCAUUGUCAGAAAAUGUGUCCCAGUUCUUGUGGCAAAUUCGCUUGCACUGACCAGAACGAAUGCUGCCACCCGGAGUGCUUGGGAAGCUGCACAGCGCCAAACAACGCCUCUGCGUGUGUGGCUUGUCGCAACUACUACCAUGAUGGCACCUGCGUCCUCACCUGCCCGCCCAACAGCUACAAGUUUGAGGGUUGGCGCUGCAUCACAAAGGAGAACUGUUCCAAAACGCUCUCUGCAGAACUGCCCGAGAAUGAGACAUACGUGAUUCAUGACGACGAGUGCGUGCCCGAGUGUCCGCCUGGAUUUGUGCGCAAUGACACCCAAAGCAUUUUCUGCAGUCCUUGCGAAGGUCCGUGCCCCAAAGUGUGUGCAGAGAAGACUAUGACCAUCGACUCUGUCACGUCUGCGCAGAUGUUGCAAGGUUGCACCGAGAUCAAGGGAAACCUGCUUAUCAACAUCCGCCGUGGGAACAACAUUGCCUCUGAACUGGAGAAUUUCAUGGGCCUGAUCGAAACAGUGACCGGCUACGUGAAGAUCCGGCAUUCACAUGCCUUGGUCUCGCUCUCCUUCUUAAAGAACCUGCGGUACAUUAACGGAGAAGAGCAGCUGGAAGGGAAUUACUCAUUUUACGUUCUGGACAACCAAAAUCUGCAGCAGCUGUGGGACUGGAACCAUCACAACCUGACGAUCAAAGAGGGGAAGAUGUACUUCGCUUUCAAUCCCAGACUCUGUGCUUCCGAGAUUUACCGUAUGGAGGAGGUUACUGGAACCAAAGAUCGGCAAAGUAAAGGCGACAUCAAUCCAAGGAACAAUGGAGAGAGAGCUUCCUGUGAAAGCCACAUUCUGCGAUUUGUUUCCAACAUGACCAUGAAGAACCGGAUCAAGCUAACGUGGGAACAGUACCGCCCGAAAGACUACAGGGACCUCAUUAGCUUCACGGUUUAUUACAAAGAGGCACACUUCAGGAACGUGACGGAAUACGAUGGGCAGGACGCUUGCGGCUCGAACAGCUGGAACAUGGUAGACGUGGACCUGCCGCCCAAUAAAGAGGACAACCCAGGGAUUUUACUGCAGCCGCUUAAGCCGUGGACUCAGUACGCCAUUUACGUCAAGGCUGUUAUGCUUACCAUGAUGGAGAACUAUCAUGCGCAUGGAGCCAAGAGUGAGAUUGUCUACAUCCGAACCAAAGCUGCAGUACCAUCCAUUCCUCUGGACGUCAUCUCGGCCUCCAACUCCUCCUCUCAGCUGAUUGUGAAGUGGAACCCUCCCACCUUCCCCAAUGGCAACCUGUCCUACUACAUUGUGCGAUGGCAGCAGCAACCCCAGGACAGUUACCUGUACAGGCACAACUACUGCUCCAAAGAUAAAGUCCCCAUUCGGAGAUAUGCAGAUGGGACCAUUGAUACCGAGGAAGCCACCGAGCCGACAAAGCCCGAGGGUUCUGGGGGAGAAAAAGGACCUUGCUGCACGUGCCCAAAGACUGAGGCAGAGAAGCAAGCCGAGAAAGAGGAGGCAGAGUACCGGAAAGUCUUUGAGAACUUCCUCCACAACGCCAUCUUUCUGCCCAGGCCUGACCGGAAGCGGAGGGAUUUGUACCGCAUUGCAAACACAACCCUUGCCAAGAACAAGACUGUGGCCGUUCCCGAGCACUUUGCCAACGUGUCGGACACGGAGGAGGGCGAGGUGGAGUACCCGUUCUCAGAAAGCAAAGUGGAAGGCAGGGAGCGAACCCUCAUCUCUCACCUCUUGCCGUUCACGCUGUACCGGAUUGACAUCCACAGCUGUAACCACGAAGCCGGCUUGCUGGGCUGUAGCGCCUCAAACUUUGUCUUUGCAAGGACCAUGCCUGCAGAGGGAGCAGAUAACAUUCCAGGGCCAGUGACAUGGGAAGCGAAGGAAGAAAACACCAUCUACCUGAAGUGGCAGGAACCCCUUAACCCCAAUGGGUUGGUGCUGAUGUAUGAAAUCAAGUACGGGCAAAACGGAGAGGAAAAGCGGGAGUGUGUUUCCAGGCAGGAAUACAAAAAACUUGGGGGAGCCAAACUCACACAUCUCAAUCCUGGAAAUUACUCCAUCAGAGUGCAAGCCACUUCGCUGGCUGGAAACGGAUCCUGGACUGAGCCAAUCUCUUUCUAUGUCCAACCUAAACCAGCGGACUAUGGGAACUUCUUGCAUUUAGUCAUUGUGCUCCCCAUCGCGGUCCUGCUGAUCAUCGGAGGGCUGGUCAUCAUGCUGUAUGUCUGUAACAAAAAGAGGAACAGCGACAGGCUGGGAAACGGAGUGCUUUAUGCUUCUGUGAAUCCUGAAUACUUCAGUGCUUCGGACGUCUAUGUGCCGGACGAAUGGGAAGUGUCCCGGGAAAAGAUCACCAUGUGUCGAGAGCUGGGGCAGGGCUCCUUUGGCAUGGUGUAUGAGGGGGUCGCGAAAGGUGUGGUAAAGGAUGAGCCGGAAACCAGGGUGGCCAUCAAGACUGUCAAUGAGUCGGCAAGCAUGCGAGAACGGAUCGAGUUUCUGAAUGAGGCCUCGGUGAUGAAGGAAUUCAAUUGCCACCAUGUUGUGAGGCUUCUUGGAGUUGUCUCUCAAGGCCAGCCAUCACUGGUCAUAAUGGAACUGAUGACACGUGGAGAUCUGAAGAGUUACCUGCGGUCGCUCCGGCCAGACACGGAGAAUAAUCCAGCUCAGACUCCUCCAGCCUUGAAGAAAAUGAUUCAGAUGGCAGGCGAGAUUGCAGACGGCAUGGCCUAUCUCAACGCCAACAAAUUUGUCCACCGAGAUCUCGCUGCAAGGAACUGCAUGGUGGCUGAGGACUUCACUGUGAAAAUUGGAGAUUUUGGCAUGACGAGAGAUAUCUACGAGACCGAUUACUAUCGGAAAGGUGGGAAGGGGCUUCUGCCUGUCCGCUGGAUGUCCCCAGAAUCGCUGAAGGAUGGCGUAUUCACAACGCACUCGGACGUCUGGUCUUUCGGUGUUGUCUUGUGGGAGAUAGCCACGUUAGCAGAGCAGCCUUACCAAGGCAUGUCCAACGAGCAAGUUCUUCGCUUUGUGAUGGAGGGCGGCCUUCUGGAGAAACCAGACAACUGUCCUGAUAUGCUCUUUGAAUUGAUGCGCAUGUGCUGGCAGUACAAUCCCAAGAUGAGGCCCUCCUUUUUGGAAAUCAUUGGGAGCAUUAAGGACGAGCUGGAUCCCGCUUUCAAGGAAGUCUCCUUCUUCUACAGUGAUGAGAACAAGCCACCCGAUACGGAAGAGCUUGACUUGGAGACAGAAAAUAUGGAGAGCAUUCCAUUAGACCCUUCCUCGACCCUCCAACCUUCUGACAAACACUCAGGACACAAAGCUGAGAAUGGCCCCGGUGUGGUGGUCCUGCGGGCCAGCUUUGAGGAGAGGCAGCCCUACGCGCACAUGAAUGGGGGACGCAAGAACGAGCGGGCCUUGCCUUUGCCCCAGUCUUCAGCCUGCUGACCUUUAGAACCAGGUUUUUGCAAACACACACAUGCGCGUACAUCUGGGCGGGGGGGAGGGGGGCAGAAAGCAAGAAAGGAGGAAAAAAAAUAACAAUAUAUUCAAAAGCCUACUGUACCUCAGUGGAUCUUCAGAACUGUCACAGCUGCACACAGGAGAAUCCUCUCUUCAGUUAGAAGUUGAAAUAACUUUUUUCAUUUUUUUAAAUAUGCAAGCAGAAGAUUGUUUCAGCAAAAGAACUCUGUAUGUGGGGCGCACAGUCAGCCUUCUAAAACUCUUAACGUUAACACUUAAUAGCAACAGAAAACUUGAGAAUCUGAGGUGUGUCUCCCCCCUUUCUCUCCUCUUUCUCUCUGCUUCAUAAUGGGAAACAUAUCUGCGUGAAGUUCAACUGUAUGGCACUUUUUAUUAUCACAUCAAAGAAAAUUGAAGGCCAACUGGUUCUCCGUUACCCCCCCCCCCCCCCGCAAGCACCUGCCUGACACUCUUAAGUUGUUUAGAAACAAAAACAGGAUUUAAAGAAGAAGAGACUGGGUUUUUAAUAUUGCUCCUUAAGCUUUUUGGGGUCGCAUAAAAGAAUAACGAAGGGCCAUUAUUUGUCCAAGGUUGUAACUGUUUUCAACGCUGCCAAAUUUUGCCAAAAAAAAAGGGGGGGGGGAGAGAGAAUGAACUUUUUUUUAGGAUUUUGUUUUUGUAGGCAUGAAAGGAGCAAAGUAAUCACGUGCUCCAUUUAAAUGAAAAAUACUGACCAAUACACUCCAAUCAUACACUGGCAUUAACAAACAAAAAUCAAAUUGUCCAGUUUUCCCCCACAACUGGACACCACCUGAUUUUGUUGGAUUUUUAACGCGAUUGAGAACAUAAAGGGGUUGAGGUCAUUAUGGCCCCCCUCUUACAUGAAUUCUGGACAGAACUGGCAUUGGUGAGCCUAAUCAGUGUGUGUGUGUGUGUUGGGGGGGGGAGGUUUAUCCUGUGCAGGAAUUCAGCGGCACUCCAAAAAGGAAAUAGACCGACCAAACCAGAAGGGAUUUCCAUGAGGUGUUCUUGCUGUCCUUGGUGGGCUUGCCGGGGGUGGGUGCGGGAAGAGAAACACGAAUUGGAGAAGAAUACCCAAUUAAAUGGAUUCAGGCAUCCAACACUUGGUUGACCUUUUUUCUCUCUGUUAUUAAGACUUCAGAGGGUCUUGCAGUUCUAUGUUAGACCAUGGGUCAUUUGCAUACACAUUGUCUUUUUUGUCACUUUUAUAACUUUUUUACAGUUUCAGAUACUCAUCUAUAUGUCUGUACAGAAAAAAAAAGCUGCUAUUUUUUUCUUUUUCUUUAUCUUUGUGGAUUUAAUCUAUGAGAAAUCUUCAGGUCUGCCCCUUCUCCAACCGCCCCUCCUUUCCCCACCAAUUUCUUAUGCUUUGUACUAUAAUGUGUAACUUUUCUUCUUUGCCUACUACUGCUUUCCCCAGACGUGAUACCCGAACCAUGAUUUGCCAUGAACUGUUUAAUGCCUUUUAUAAAUAUCUGUCUGCUCGCUCCCUCUCCCUCUCUCUUCCCCUGCUCUGCUAGUGGUUUUAACAGUAUCUAGACUGUUUUGGGUUUAAGCACUCUUUAUGGGGCUGGGGGAGAAAAGGGAUCCGUUGUAGGUAGCCCUCCUGUGUGUCAAGCCUGGGAUGUGGAUCCUCUCCUUAUGAACCAUAUCCUGCUUUUCCUCACCCUUUGCCCAUACAGCACCCAUGUCUGUUACCGUGCAAGGUGUGAAGCAAACUCAGGUCAGGAAAAAAGGUUAAACAUUUAGUACCUUCUUAUUCAUUGGUGUAUGAUAGCCCCCGCCCUUGCUUUCCUUCUGCCUUUUUGUUUGGGUUGUGUCUCACCGACAACCACACUCGCAAAUGUACAUGCAUAUGUAUUUCAGUUGCUGGGCGCAACUGAUACCAGGCUUUGGGGGUUGUCAUUUAUGCUCUGAUUGUUGGUGGUUUUUUUUAAGGAACCUUGUAACCCAUUCUAUGAACAACAGGUGAAUUAGUCCUCAGCCAGUGGUAACACUCCAAGGCCAUGCAACCAUCUCUGGUUCAAGUAGGCUCCAGCUAGCAAACUAGAAAAGAGGUUAGCUGUGCAAUCUGAAGAAAAGGCAGAUGGUUCACCACAAGGGCUGGCCGGGGCUGGGGGACACGGGUCCCCUCCCUCCGUGGUGGCAGCUCUGGGUAUUAGUACAAACUCACACUGGCAGUUCAAGCCAGACUCCCAAAGCAGAGUCAUUCAGGAGCAUGUCAGUUCAGUUGUAUAAGCCUUGCUGAGGAAUUGUGUAGAGAAGCGAGGGGCCCCAUUUUCCAAAAACAAGAUGCUUUAUCAUUUCUUAAUUCGCUUGUAGUUACUGCAUGGGAGUUCUGUCUUAGCAAUGAUCUAACCAAAGUCUGGCAACAAAAAAGAAGGGUGGUUCUGGAUGGAAAUGUUGCAUUUAUUUUGGGUUUUUUGUUUUGUUUGAGUAAAAACGAAGAAUUAAAUAUAAUUACUAGAUGUGACUGGAGAUAAAGACAUGUUUGUAGUGCUUUUUUUUUUAACUUGUGUAGCUUCAGUCCCACCAUUUUCUUUUCACCUUUCUCCUGUAGUUAUUUUUCCCUUUUAAGAAAAAGAAAAAGGAAAAAAAGGUAUUCUAUGUAGGAUUUUUAUUUAUUUUUGUGCUAUCAGUUUAAAUCACUGUAGAGAUGCCCCAUAAUAAAUUUAAAUACUGAGAUAAGGGUUUUUGAGUUACGACGGGGACAGUUUUUGUUUUUUUAAACAUUUAUCUACCUCACUCUUAUUUUUUUUGUGUAUAUAUAACAAUAUACAUCUCACAUUUCUCAGCAGUUUGACAAUAUAUUGUUGAUACCGGUAACCUCAUUUAUUGUACAAACCACAUCCUCCAGGUUUUGGGGAAGGGAGGUCACUGCCAAAUCCAAAAGGUCACUUGAAAAAGUUGAAAGUUGCUGCUUUGAAACUCACACACUAAUCUCCUCUCCAUGGCGUGUGGAGGGUUGGAAACUAUGAUAUGGUGGAUCAUUUGAACUAAAGUCAAAAGCUGCUCAUACAAACUUUGGUUGAAAUUAAUGGGCAUGGGGAAAAAAUCCCAAUGAAAAUGCCCAUGACUGCUAGUAGAAUGGUGUGGUGAAAAUACAGCAGACCCAGGUAAUCCAGGCUGAGAAUUUGCUGCUCUUUGGGGUUUAAAAUGAAGUGUGUGAACACGUUUGCCAUGCACUAGUUGUACGAAAAGUUUAGGAAAUCAUCCUGCUAAAGAUGGAGAAAGAAGUCAAAAUUGGUGUGUAUGCUUCAGUUGCUACAAGCACACCAAAUGGAAACGGUGGGACAAAUAAUCAUAACUGGAAUCGUUCCGGCUCUUUGGCCAAGCUAAAUAUCUCCAAAAACCAAGAACCUACUCAAUGGACAGUUCAUUAUUAUUAUUGGGGAUGUGGGUAGCUGCCUUUGAGUAUGAGCACUGAAAUGUUUCUCUUUUGUGGACAUUAAUUGGGUGGCCUGAUAGUCUGAACGUUCCUUCUGACACCUCGAAACCGCAUUGUUGAGGGCUGGCUUCUGACCAGCCACCUGUGAAAUUGGGUGUGCUUUAGAUGUUAAGAGUACGAGCAGAACAUGCCUGCCAUUAAGACUAUAUAUUCUGUUCCCCUGAUUCUGGCAGCUGUUCCUGUUUAAUGCUUAUGUUGUCUGACCUACGUUAUACUGGGCUAUGUACAAGGCCUCUUGAACAUACAUGGCUGCGGUUACGCGCUUCAUUUGUCCCCUUGAGAGAGUGGGAUGGUCUAGUUCCAAGCAUUUGGUGUGGAGGCAGGGGAAGGAACUAGAAUUCCUGAUGUGUGGGGCUUCCCCUUGCUUAAUGUCCUUGAUUUUGACUUUUCUUCCUGGUGACCUUUGGUGGUGGUGGUGACCUCUCCUCUCUUGCACAUAUUUUCCACAUCUGUGGAGAACCUCAGAUCUUUCAGCUGGCUAAGAGAGUUUUGUUUAAAACUGUCCAAGUUUUUUUAAUUGUAUGUAGAUGGUUUAAAAAUAUUAGGAGAGAACACUAACAGUGUAGUGGUGCCCAUUUAAAUAUACCAUUCAGAAGCAUUCAAGUGUAAUUCAGUCUAAGCAAGCGGGUGCCUAGGAGAAGUCAGCCCAUCUGGACCAAACCACCUCCGUUCUACCAUUGUGUUCUGCACUCACAGCUUUUAAAUUAAUUCCAUUUUGGUUCCACAGCGUCUUUUGUAUUUGUAUUUUUUACAUGUGUUCCAGAUCACAUUUAUCCACGUGGUUUUUUGAAUACAGUCCUUCCAUUGAGAAUAAAUCAUGUUGUUUAUGCAUGCAGUUAUCAAAUAAUAUUUGGCACAAGUGGGCCUUUUUCUGCAAGCCUGUUGACUUGCAUAGAAUGGCGAAUACCUUGGGAUGGAUUUGAAUUAACGUUGUCAAAAUUCUUCUCACGUUCUUAAUGAUAAUUCAAGAGAUCUAAUUGGCUCCUUCAUGGGUCACUGGAUGUGAUUGUCCAACACAGAAAUAUAUUGGCUUCAUUUGAGAGAGGCAAAGUGGAAUUCCCUGGAUGCACCAUUAUGUCGUCUUUUGUUGAGAACAUGAGCCCUGCUGGAUGAGACCAAGGAUCCAUCCAGUUGCUAAUCAAGGCCAGCAAGAUCUUUUGGGCAGUCCACAAGUAGGGCAUGAAGGCAAGAAUCCCUCCUGCCCCACUGUUUGUACCCCACCCACUGCUAUUUAGAGGUACAUUGUGUCUGGGAAGAUUCCAUUUGGCUAUCAUAUCCACAAGCCAUGGGUGGUCUGGUCAUCCUUAAAUGUAGCUAAUCCCCCCCUCUAAAGCCAUUUAAGCUGGUGUCCCUCACCAUAUCCAUUAAGUCAGGGGUUCUCAAACUUGAGGCCCCAGAUGAGGAUGAUGGGAAUUUCAGCCCAGCUUCACUGACUUGCAUUUAACCAUGUGUUGUGUGAAGAAGUGCUCCCUUCUGUGUGUCCUGUAGCCACCACCAAUCAAUUUCAUUGGCUGAUCCACAGUUGUAGCAUUAUGACAAGGUGGUGGUGGGGUUCUAUUCUGUUUACUUUCUCCAUAUCAUGCAUAAUUUUUAAACCUUUACCCUAUCCCUCAAUAAUCUUCCUUUAAACUAAAGGACUCCAGAACAUAUUAACCUUUCUUCAUAUAGGUGUUCCAACCUCUUGAAAAUUCAGGUUGCCCUUUUCUGUACUCCUGAGAUCUUUUUUGAGAUGGGUUGACCAGAAAAUGUACACAGUGCUUCAAGUGUGGCCACACCAUUGAUUUUUAUAGAAGCCAUUAUGAUACCAGGAGUUUUAUUUUCAAUCCUUUUCCUAAUAAGCUCUAGCACAAUUUUGCCUUGUUCGUUGCCACUAAUCAGUGAGUUGACAUUUUACAUGUAGCUAGCCACCAUGACCCCAAGAUCUUGCCUGGAAAGCUACAGUCUGUUAAUAUCCUAUUGGCGUAUAUAUAAAGUUAGGCUCUUUUGCCCCAAUGUGCGUCACUCAGUGCUGAAUUGCUUUUGCCAUUUUUCCGCCCAGAUCCCUGAUUUGGAGAGCCCUUUUAUUGGAGGAGUUCAGUCUGUAUGAGUUUUUGACUACCUCACUAUUCACCCGACUCAGAAUCACUUAUGAAUUAAAUAGCACCCGUUCCAGUACAGAUUCUUGGGUGACCCCACUGCCUGCUUCCCUCCAAAUUGUCUUCAAUUCCUAUCUUUUGCUGAUUGCUCUUUAUCUAGCUACCCCUCCAUCAGAGGGCCCAUCCUCAUACUCCAUGACUGAUAUGUUUACUUAGGAGCCUUUGAUGAAGGGCUUUGUCAAAAGCUGUUUGAGAGUCCAAGUAUAAAAUGUCUGCUGCAUUAACUCUGUCUACAUGUUCGCUGAAUAUCUCCUUUAACACGGUGAAGCAGAAAUUCCCUUGCAGAAGCCAUGCUGCUGCUUCUGUGUUUAAUAAUUCUUUCUCCAAUAAUGUGUUCCACCAAAAUUGUACCCAGGACAGUUAAGCUAAUGGGCCUGUAAUCUUCCAGAUCCCCUGACUCCCUUUUUAAAAAUGGGUGGUGGUUGGCUAACUUCCAGUGCUCUGGUAAGGAGCCCUAUUUUAGUGACAAGUGGCAUAUUUUUGUUAAGAUCAGCAAUUCGACAUUUUGAAUUUUUUAAUAACUCGGCUGUAUGCCAUCUGGACACAAUGACUUUAUCCAUUUUAAAAAUUACCCAUUUGGCCCUAGAACAUCAUCUCAUAUCAAGUCUACUUGAUGUAGUUCAGACAUUCUGCCCACAAAAUAGCGAUUCAGACACAGGUCUCUUGUCACUUCGCUUUUUCAGUGGUGUGCAGGAGGUGGUUUGGUUUCAGAGGAAGGAAACUUGUAAAUAAAGAAGUGUUGCGUGUUUGGUGGUCAGCUUGUUUUGACAAUAGCUAAACACGAAUGAGGGGGAGAGUAUGUGAAUCGGCUGGUUCAGCCCAACACCACUUCUCCUUGAGAACGGUUCGGAGUGAAGACUCAAAAAGUUUGCUAGCACUGAUGCUCUUGUUUGGUUAAAAGAAAAAAAGAAACGCCCAGUUUGCCAAAGACUGGUCACCAGAUGGAACGGCUGUUUAGAUCCUCUGGGAACUGCUGCGGGUUGUUUAAUACAAUCCAUGGCUGCAUGAAUGACACUUCUAUUGUGGGUAUAAUUUUCUAUAUAGUUAUAUUUAAAGAAAGACUUUCCAUUCCAGUAGUCAGUAACGCUUUCUUGUUACUCUCUCUUAAUUUUGUUUGUCAACAAUGUACUCGAUCACUGGGUGGCUGCAUAACCAUGGCAGGAGCUGCAAUUAAUCCACUCCUUAUUAACCAGUGAUGAACUCCAGAUACUGCGACUCCAUUCUUUUAAAGGAAAAUAAAAUAGUUGGCGCAAACGAAAAUGACGAGAGCGAAUUCAUAUAGGUUGAACACUGCUUGCCAGAGGUGCUGAAGAUACAGAACCCAUGGGGUAUAUUCAAGAUGUUGGCUGACAUCUCAGUUUGGAAGGCCAGUUGGUUCUGAGCUGAGGCACUUAAAUUCCUUUUAAUAGGCAUUCAAGAACCUCAAUUCAGUCUGUUUCAACUGAACACAGAAACAUUCAAGGCUUGUGAAAAAGGUUGUGAGGCAGAAAUACUGAUCUACAGAGACACGCUUGACUGAAGUUCAAAGUACGUUGUAAGUAUAGCAGUGGCCAUGACUGGGAUUCACAACCAAUUAUUUGGAACUUGCAGAAUUGGAGGUGUAUCUUAAGUCUUUUUUUCUGGGAAAUAAAGUACAUUAACUAGAAUUUCGUCAAGAACACAUUUACUUGAGUCCAGAGCUCCUGCGCAUGUGGCCUUCCCUCUUCGACCAAUGUGUGGGGCUUUAUCCUCCACUGAAGUAAAUGGGGAAGACCUUGUGGGGUAGAGGAAGAGCUCUAUGAUUGGACCUCCUCACUGGCAAGGGAUUUCUGGACUGGGACACCUAGCUCUGUGUGUAAAACGCUGUACAAGUUCCAGAUGGUUGUGAUUGUGGGAUGGGUGUGUACUUGGGUGUGGUGGUCACCUUUUAAAUUUUGUAUCCUUUCUGUUGACUAGCGAUCCAUUAGCAUUUUCAAUAGGGCUCUUAAAGUCCAGUAGAUUACGGGUAGUCAGUUGACAAAGAUCUGGUUUACAAAAACGAACUACAUAUUUCAUUGCAUUUUGUGAGUACAUACAUAUUAAGUACAUAGAAUAGGUUUUUUGUUUGUUUGUUUUUGUUUUAAGUUUGUAGUUUAUAAAUGCCUAAAGAUAACUGAAGGGCACUUUUCAGUGGAUGUGUGGCUGUAUGUCUGAUGAGGGUUUUUUCUUUUUAGUUUACUAGUUAGCUUUAUUAUAUGCCAAACAUGGGUCCUGUACCAACUUUGGUCAUGGCUCACCUUUUGCCACAAGCUUAGUGUCCCAGUAUACAGUGAACCCAGAAUACGCUCUGUAUCUUCAGUAACCUGGUCUUCCAAAGCCCCUCUGGAUGGUUGGGAUCAUCUUUAACUGGUCAUUUCACUUUUACGGUAUAGAUGCAUUUGAUUGGUUGGGAAAAACCUCAUUGGUUAAGGAAAUAGAACAACUAUUGCUGCUAAGCAGUCUUUAGCUGCAAUCCGAAGCACAUCUUUUUGGAAAUAAAUCACACUGAAAUCAAUGAAACUUAAUUCCAAGUGGAUGUGUUUGAGAUUGGGAAGAUAUUUGCAUUAUUUAAGUACUUGCUUUAUUGUUGAUGACUUAAGUUGAUUGAAGGAUUUGACUGCACCAUAGGUGGCACAGCAAAAGAUAAUUUUCAAUACUUAUAACUGAAUGAAAGACAACUAUGUUUACAGAUUCCUUAUCACUUUUAUUAAAAAGGUGGUUUUUAUGCAGCCUAUACAGUUUAUGUAGAUAUUUUAGCAACAUUAAAGCUUUGUUUCAAUUAUCAUCAAAGGUCCCUAUUUAUUAUAGUAUAAUUAUUUAAACAUGAAUACUGAAGACCCCAUCUCUGUCUCCAAAUUAAACAGGUUAGUUCCCCUCUUUAACUGAAGGAUUCUGGGUAGUUUUGUUGCCUUCUUGAGAAUCAUUUUUCUGUUUUCUAAACCAGUGAGGUUUGAAAAGAAAGGACUGGCCAGAGAUCUUCUACCUUUGGUACAAAACAAGUUAAAACAAACCACAAAAGCUAGAAAGUGCUAUGGAACUGAAUGCAUUUGCAAACACACUUUCCAAGUUACCUUCUUUAAAAUAAAGUUUUUUUAAAAAAAAUUUAAAAAAAUAAAACAAUAACAUGGCCAAUUUAUUACAUAAAGACUUGCUGUGUAUAAAUUAUUCCUAAAUAAAUUCCUGUGUUUAUAUUAAAAUGAAUUAGUAGAUGAAAAAAAUCAACAUGUUUUUGUAUAUUCUGUUGUAAGAAUUUAUUCCUGUUGCGAUAUACUCUGGAUUCUUUACAUUAUGAUAAAAAGAACCUUUGUCUAUUUUGAAUGGCUGAAGCUAAGGCUCCUUUAGUUCCUCUUACUCUGCUUUUUUCCCCCUAGUAGUUACAGUACUACAUGAUUAAGUUAAAUAAAAAAGGAUUCUGUAUGCA